GGCGGUAAUGACCCCAACUUGGAUGUCUGCCAACCGCCAAUAAACACCGAAGAAGAAAAAGACCAAUCACCGCCGCAGUGUGCUUUGUUCACUUCCGGCUAUUCAAUAAAGUUUAUCCAGCUUCUGCAGACAUGGGCGCUGUUACAGAUGAUGAAGUUAUUCGGAAACGUCUUCUCAUCGACGGGGACGGAGCUGGUGAUGAUCGUCGAAUCAAUGUGCUGCUGAAGAGUUUCACCAAAUGGUGCAACUCGCCUGGGACCCCGGAGGAAGGCUUCACGCAGAGGAUGCAGAGCACACUGGCCCAGUGCGAGUUCUCCAUGGGGAAGACGUUGAUGGUUUAUGACAUGAAUCUAAGGGAAAUGGAGAACUAUGAGAAAAUCUACACUAACAUAGAACAAAACAUCACAUCAGCACAUGAGAAGAUAGCAGAAUGCAAAAAGGAAAUACAGAGGGCAAAGAGGAUACGAAAAAAUCGCCAAGAGUAUGAUGCUUUAGCCAAAGUUAUCCAGCAGCACCCAGACCGACACGAGACAUUAAAACAGUUGGAGGCGCUUGACAAAGAACUCCAGCAACUGUCUCACAUCAAGGAGAAUGUGGAUGAUAAGUUGGAGUUAAGGAAGAAGCAGUUCCACGUGCUACUGAGUACCAUACAGGAACUACAGCAGACUCUCGAGAAUGAUGAAAAAUCAGACAAUGACGACAACAGCCAGGAGAGCCCAGCAGAGAAUGGUGAAUGAACGUUUAGGUCCUGAGUAGAAUGAAUGCAGCGGAUCGCUGUUAAAUGAUUUUGUAUUUGUCCCUGAAUCUUUUUGUAUGUAUUGUUCAAUAAAGUUGGCUUGUCUACGUU